AUGCGAGCAACACUUCCAAUCCACCCACACUCGGGAUCCAACGGGAAGGUAUCAAAGCCCAAGGCUUUGCGGCAACUUCACCAGCUCAGCGGCAAACUCCAAAGAGACUCCAUCUACGGGAAGCUGUACCGAGACUUCAUCCAAGAAUAUGAAGCUCUUGGACACAUGCAGCGAGUAGUGGACACCACGGAACCAUCUCCAGCGUACUAUCUGCCACAUCACGGAGUGCUACUGCCAGAUAGCACAACAACCAAGCUUCGGGUUGUAUUCAACGGCUCCAGUCCCACCUCAACCGGCACGUCACUUAACGACAUCCUCCACGCCGGCGGGAAACUCCAGGUAGACGCUCCAGACGUGCUUCUCUGGGUGAGAAGACACAGGUACGUCUUCGGCACGGACAUUGUCAAAAUGUUCCGGCAAAUAAGGAUCCACUCGGACGACUGGAACCUCCAGCGUAUCCUUUGGCGUGAUGAGAACCAACUCAUUACGUUCCAACUCACCACGGUCACCUACGGCCAAACCUGUGCUCCAUGGUUAGCUCUUCGAGUUCUCCAGCAGCUCACGGCGGACGACGGACAUCGGUAUCCAAAGGCGGUACCCUCACUCUCCAAAGGCAGAUACGUAGACGAUAUCUACGGCGGAGCGGAUUCACCAGGGGAGCUGAGAGAAAUAAUCAUUCAGCUUAUCGGGCUCUGCAAGGCGGGCGGCUUCCCCCUUCAGAAAUGGGCCAGCAAUUGUCCGGAGGUCCUCAGCCAACUUGGGCUGCUACCUCCAUCAUCCCCAUCAUCUUCAUUGGAGCUUCAAGAAAGGGAGCAGGUCAUCAAGGUGCUUGGCUUGUGCUGGAACUCACACCAAGACAACUUCCAAUUUAAACCACAGACCUUCUCCACCAAACCAGUAACCAAGCGGCUCAUCUUAUCGGAAAUCGCCCAUAUUUUUGAUCCAUUGGGCUUCAUCUCUCCGGUAACCAUCAAAGCCAAAAUUAUUAUGCAGGAACUGUGGCUCAUCAAGGUCGGUUGGGAUGAUCCACUUCCCAUGUCCACCAUCAGACGCUGGAAUCAGUUCAGGGAAGAACUAAGCCACGUCAACCUCAUCGCAGUUCCUCGGUGGCUCCAACUUGACUCCACGGUCUCGAACCUCCAAGUCCACGGCUUUGCGGAUGCAUCCAACCUCGCCAUCGGAGCGGUAGUUUAUCUUCGGACGGAAAAACCAGGUACGGCUCCAGUCAUCUCUCUGGUAUGCGCCAAAACAUGUGUUGCCCCACUUAAGAGAGUGACUAUCCCCAGACUCGAGCUGACAGCAGCAGGGCUGUUGACGGAGCUCACCUCCUACGCCAUUAAACAGCUGGAGCUAACUCAACCAACCAUCUUCCUCUGGACGGACUCCUCGGUGGCUCUAGCAUGGAUUAAGUCUCAUCCAUCUCGCUGGAAAGAAUACGUGCAACACCGUGUUCUAAAAAUCCAAGAGGCCAUACCUAACGGAGAAUGGCUUCACAUCAGCGGAACGGACAAUCCAGCAGACUGUGCCUCACGGGGGCUAUCACCGGAACAACUCCAUCACCAUCCACUAUGGUGGAAUGGGCCACCAUGGCUCAUUUUACCUCCACAUCAUUGGCCAGUCUCAUCGGUCGGAUCCACGGCGGCGGCGGCGCUUGAGGAAAAGCCAUCCUCAGCACAUCCAGUUGUUAUCGGCCCUCAGGAGGGCAAUGAACUCCUAGAGCGGCACAACGAUCUCAACAAAAUUCUAAGAGUAACGGCACUCGUCAAUCGGCUCGGACGGCGGCUACGGCGGAUAGAAGUUCCAGCUCAACGGUUUGCCACUCCAGCAGAAGUCGAAGAAGCUAGACUUUUCUGGAUAAAAAGGAUACAGCACCACCACUUCCACGAGGAGAUCCGGAUCCUGGUAAGUGGCAGAAAAUUACCAAAUACAUCUCCAAUGUCUAGGCUAACUCCUUACCUAGACCACCAACAAAUCUUACGGAUCGGCGGCCGGCUCCACAAUGCUCACCUGGACUUUGAGGAGAUCCAUCCAGCGGUACUCCCACGACAUUCCAGAUUCACGGAUCUGGUCAUCGGAGAAGCACACCGACGGUCGCAUCACGGCGGAACCCAGCUCACCCUGGCCUUCACCAGGCAAAGGUAUUGGAUCAUCGGCGGUAGAGCUCCUGUGAGAACACACAUCCAUCAAUGUGUUGUCUGUGUUCGGAACAGAGGAGAGCUCGCUCAACAACUGAUGGGUCAGUUGCCACCACCACGUAUUCAACCAUCCAGGCCAUUCACCCACACUGGAGUCGACUUUGCCGGCCCACUAAAUAUACUUCGGUGGAAGGGAUCGGGCCAUCGGGCCCAGAACGGCUACAUCUCGGUCUUCGUCUGCUUCUCCACCUCAGCCAUCCAUCUCGAAGCGGUCACGGAAUACACCUCCCAGGCAUUUAUCGCGGCCUACAAACGGUUCUCGGGCAGACGAGGAAUCCCAGCCUCAAUCACCAGUGACAGAGGGCUGAAUUUCAUCGGCGCCAAUCGAGUCCUGAAUCAACUAUUUGCUCAGGCCUCAGCCGAAUCGGACCAGAUUCGGGCUGCUCUAGCAGCAGACGGAACAAUCUGGCAUUUUCAUCCAGCAGGCGCUCCACAUUUCGGCGGAAAAUGGGAAGCGGCUGUUAAAUCCGUCAAACACCAUCUCCAAAGGACAAUUGGGACCUCAACUCUGUCUCUAGAAGAACUUACAACUCUUCUGGUGCAGAUCGAGGCAGUUCUCAAUUCUCGGCCCAGUGCACCUAUAUCGGACGAUCCAGUGGACACUUCAGUGCUCACCCCAGGGCACUUCCUCAUCGGUGGACCCAUUACCACGGUUCCGGAGCCAUCACUGCUCGAGGAAAAUAUUCCACGCCUCGACAGGUGGCAAUUCAUCACCAACAGGGUGCAAGACUUCUGGCGACGAUGGUCGCAAGAAUGCAUCCACCGUUUCCAUUCCAAUCCCAAAUGGAAAUAUCCAAGAGCCAACAUCACCAUCGGAUCGGUCGUUCUCAUCUCGGAUGAGAGAUUUCCACCGUGUAAGUGGCCACUUGCACGGGUCCAGGCGGUUCAUCCUGGCAAUGACGGACUCAUCAGAGUUGUGGAUUUAAAAACGGCCACAUCAGAACUCCAGAGGCCUAUCCACAAGCUCUGUCUCCUACCCAUCGACAACGGACAUCCACACCAAACUCCAGCGGACUCAAUUCGUCAUUCUGAAGAUGACGAAGGCGGGCGGAAUGUUCAGAUUUAA